AUGGCGGCCUGGUGGUAUGCCUUCGUCGUCCUACUUUUUAGUGGUAUUUCUGUCGUUGUUAGCGGAAAAUGCCCUUGUGAAGAUCCGUCAUUAUGCGACACAAUCUCAAGACCGCCAGGAAAAGAAUUCCUAAUGUUUUCCACAAAGCCGAACGAUUGGAGAAAAUACGAUUGGGGGAAAGUGACAACGAUUGCACUAUUUCGACCAUGGGAUGAUGAACUGAUGUGCGAAGCUCACAAGAGAGUAAGUGUUGGAGCGAUUUAUUUAAUUGAUUGCCCAUGGAGUUUUUUAAACCUCCAAAAAAAAAAUAGGAUAAGAAACUCAAGGAAGCGUUUUAUUAGGACAAAGACUUGUCGGGUCAUGUUCCGAGGGAUAUGACAGGCUGUGACUUCAUUUGCAUGGAAUUUUCCGAGAAUCUAAACAUCACCAAGCGUUAGAAUGGUUCUCUAACCGUAACAAGGUUGAACACGUUGAGAAAACUUGGAUUUCUUCUAUUCGAUCAACUUAUUUCCUUUACUUAAUUUGAUUAAUUUCAUUUUUCAAUUUCAUUGUACACAUAUACAUACAUAUACUUUUGGUGAGGCAGGUCGAGCUGUUUUCCUUGCCGUUUUAUUUGAUUUAGUGAUAUAGCAACAAUGCAUGUGUCCAGCCUAAUGGUGUGGUAAACUCGCUAAGCUUUAGUGUGGAAUAGCAACAUUUUUUUUCCUUGCUUGCUUGUUCACAAGUAUUUCGUUGCAUGAAGCAUUUUAAGUGAAAAAUGUUAUAAUAGAAAUUCCUAUACAAGAGCCAAAAACCUGAAGUUGUGUUUCUAACCAACUGUUUUUGAUCCAGAAAUCAAAUGCACUUGUUGAAUUUUGAUUGGGUUACCUUGGAUAUGUGUUUUUUGAAACAUUUUAGUUCCCAAUAUUUUUUGUAGAGAAUUUAUGCCCUCAAGGGUUGAGAUACAAUGCAGUGCAAUAAGAUAUGGUGGUACAAGCUAUUUGGUCAGGAAUGUUAACAAGUCAUAUACCUUAUGUAUUACUGUGGCAUUAAUUUUUAGGGAGUACGAGUUGUUUUGGCAGCAAAUUUUCCGACAGAAAAACUUAGCAGCAAGGAAAUAAGGACAAAGUGGGUGAAGAACCUAACUACUGAAGCCUUGGCCCGGCGUGCCGAUGGAGUCAAUAUUGAUAUUGAAUCACCAAUACCCAAGAGGUCCAGGGAAGUCACACUGCUCACAAAGCUGGUUAAUGAAACUGCAACAGCCUUCCGUGCUGCAGUCAAAAAUGCACAGGUAAUCACUUGAAAUGAAUCAUCACGAUGAAUGAAACACUUUAGGCCAAGUUUUUUGGGAGCAUAAUUAGGGCUAGUCCAUAGUAAUAUACUGCUCAAUCCUUUGAAUCCCAUGAAUGACCAGCAUAGAAUUUCUCUGUACAGUAUCAGUACAAUCUCAAGCUGACAAAUUUUUCGCUACAAGAAGCAAGUUCUCAAGUAGUUGCGGUGACAAAAGAGUCAUUGGCAGUCAAAUCAUAUAAAUCCAUCACUUUUAUAAUAAAGAUAUUGACAAUAAUACAUAAGAUUUUUCACUGUUACCCCAUUGCCGGUAAGUAAACAUAAGAAGUUAGAACUACCUUGAAACUGUAGAUCAGUUUCUAAUUGUUCAUUUCAGAUAUCUUUUGAUGUUGCGUGGUCUCCUGACUGUGUUGAUGGACGAUGUUAUGAUGCAGAAGCUCUUUCUCAAGUGGUGGAUUUUCUUGUUGUAAUGGCAUAUGAUGAGCAGAGUCAGAUCAAAACUGGAGAUUGCAUAGCAAAGGCAAACUCACCCUUGAAACAAACAGAAGCUGGUGAAUGCUUAAUUUUUACAAAUUAAAUGUCUUGCCUAUUUAAUUGGAGAAAAUUUUUGUAGCAUGCUGUAGAAUGAGGAGAAUUGAGAUUUAAGUUCUUGUAUACAUUGUAAAUCACUCCCUCAAACCUUUGCAAUUGGUUGAAUAGUUUUUAUUCUGUACAUAUUUUUUUUGUCUACAGCAACCGAAUUCACCCUUCCUCAAUCCCCUUCCAUUUGAAAGGGUAUGUGGAAGGGUGAAUGCCCACAAUCCAACUUGGAAAAUUUUGGCCAAAUUUUUUUCAAGCCAUUGUUAAAAAAGUUUGUCAUUCAAGUAUAUUUCACUGGUGAUGUGCCAGAUAUGUAGAGCAAGGAAUUUUAUGUUAACCAUUUAAUGCCUGGAUGUUUAAAGCUCAGUUUUUUCAAUCUGACAUCAUCACCUUGAUUGAAGGUAACUUAAAAAGAGCGCAAGCUUUCAUUUCGAUAUGAACAGACCUUUACUAAUCAAAAUAAGUUUCAAAUUUAUUUCUUAUUGUGCAAAGGAACUGUACUGAUAUCAGGACCUGUUUUUUCUUGCCUUACUUUCCAGCACUGGAAGAAUAUUUAAGUCUUGGAAUCAGACGAGAGAAACUGGUGCUUGGCUUACCAUGGUAUGGGUAUGACUACCCAUGUUUGGAACUGGUUGACAACAGGAUCUGCAAGAUUAAGCAUGUUCCAUUCCGAGGAGUAAACUGCAGUGAUGCUGCUGGCAGACAGAUUGAGUAUGCAGAAAUUAUGGACCUGUCUGUCAGCAGAGCAUCCUCUGGUCCCCAGAAGGAUGAAGAUUCUGAGUCAUACUUUUUCAACUAUGAGGACAGUGUGGGUGGAAAACACCAGGUUUGGUUUGAUAAUCCUGACAGUUUGAAAACGAAGUAUGAUUUUGCUGCUAAGGAAAAUUUGACUGGCAUUGCCAUUUGGAAUGCAGACUUGUUGGACUACAGUGACAUCCCAAGAGCUAUGUUGGAAACCAAGAAAAUGUGGGAUGCUUUGCAUCAUUGAAUUACACAUUUGAAGCAUUUCAAAGCUUAACCUGUUGAGAUCUCUGCUUUUUAAAUUAUGCAUGCCUAGAUUCGUGACAGCAAUACUAGAACCAAAGUAUUGUGUUGAUUGAAUUUUGAAUCCAGUCAUGAUUUUGCCUUUUUAACAUCAAGCACAAACAACUGUUCUCUGAUCUUACUAACGACAAAUUAACACUUAAUAAUUAUUCACCUUUUUUUUUUUCUAAUUUUCCCUGGUUCAUUUUAUUCUUCAAGCCCAAUUAUUAUGGGUGCAAGUCUCAAUUUUUUCAUAAAGGGAGUCUCCUUUUCAUGUCCAUUUGCCCAUAAACAAAGCCCAAAAUACCUCAUGUUCUACUGCAACCCAAAAAAAGAAAGUUGAUUUUUUUUUCUUGUAAAUCUGGAAUUGAUGUACCAGUAGAUUGCAUCAAUUAGGUUUAACUUUGAACAUCAGCUCUAACAUUUUGAAUGAAAUUUUUGUCCUCAAGAGGGAGGCAGAGACAAAUUAAGCAGUGACAGCACUAGCCUCUUAACCCUUAAAACUUUCUGAACUGAUUUACAUGUAACUUCUCUGUACAAAAUUAACACAUUUUCCAGCACACAAGUGAUAAGAAUCAACAAAAUCAUCAUCUAGACAGGGUUUUUCCUAAUGAGACUAAAUUCUCAGUACCACUUUCCAAGGAAUUUUACAGCAGAUACAAUAUGUAGUAGGAAAAAUUACUGAAUGAAUCAGAAGGUGAAAGUUGAAAGGUUAACAGUUUUAUGCACCAUUAGAUCAUGAAGGAUUGAUCAUGGAUUGCAUGCAAGAGCCAGUUGUCUGGAGUCCUGAUGGCUGAUGGUUUCAAGUUUCAAACUGAUAUUUAUGCUAUAUUAGUACAACUUGUUACAUAAGAGAAAACGUGUUUUUGUCCAUUCAAAAAUGAAAAAUCAAAGUAUAUUUUUAAGUAUCAAAUAGUUGAUAUGUAAUCAGAAAAUAGAAAUCAAACAAAAAAAUUAAAUAAUGAAAUAUGGAAUCUGAUAAAAAUGUCUUCAAAUAUUUUAAAUGUAUUGAAUUGCUAUGAAAUGGAAAGUGUAAGUUGAGAUAACAACAUUAAAAUUUAAUUUCUUAGAAGUUUGUUUUUUUUGCAUCAUUUUCAUCAAUUCUGUUCAAAUAAGCCACCUCUUUGGAGUAUGG